CCCCGGCCCGGCCAGGCAGUGCCACCCUCCGGCCGGCAGGGGCCGCCGCGCGGCGGGAGGCGCCAUGGCGGAGCGAGCGGCGCCGGGCGGUGAGUGCGGGCCGGGGCCGGGGCCGGGAUCGCGACCCCGGGGCCCCGCGGAGGUGGAGGCCGCCCGGUCCCCGCCGCUCACGGCUCCCCCUGUUCCAGGCGCGGGCCCCGAGGCAGCGGCGCCGGCGGGAGCGCAGGGCCCGGAGGCGUCUCGGCAGGAGAAGCUGCAGCUGCGGAAGGAGAAGAAGCAGCAGAAGAAGAAGAAGAGGAGCGAGAAGGGCCCGGGAGCGGAGCCCCCCGAGGCGGGGGCGCCCUGCGAGCCGGGGCAGCCCCCGGCGGCUGCACACCCCGCGUCCCCCCCGGCCUUGGCCGAUGGCCUCGCCAGCACCGAGAAGCCCGCGGGGGGCAAGAGCAAAGCUGAGCUGCGAGCGGAGCGCCGGGCCAAGCAGGAGGCCGAGCGGGCCCAGAAGCAGGCCAAGAAGGCAGAGCAGAGCCAGGCAGCGACGCCGGCCAAGCCCAGGCUGACCCCCACCGAGCCUCAGUCCGCGGUGAAGCGGCUGCCCGAGCACGUGCAGGUGGAUGACCCCGCUGCCCAGAAAAAGCUGGCCAAAAAGCUGGAGCGUCAGCAGGUCCCUCUGAGGCAGGACUACGGCACCAAGGUCAACCUGUUCUCCCACUUGCACCAGUACAGCCGGAAGAAGCCCCUGACUCAGCAGAUGAGCAUCCCCUCCACGGUCAUCCACCCGGCCGUGGUGCGUCUUGGCCUCCAGUACUCCCAGGGGAUCAUCAACGGCUCCAAUGCCCGUUGCAUUGCGCUGCUGGAAGUCUUCAAGCAGCUGAUCCGGGAUUACUCGACGCCCCCCAACGAGGAGCUGUCGCGGGACCUGGUGGCCAAGCUGAAGCCGCACAUCAGUUUCCUGAACCAGUGCCGCCCCCUCUCCGCCAGCAUGGGCAACGCCAUCAAGUUCCUCAAGAAGGAGAUUUCCUGCCUCCCCGACACGCUGCGAGAGGAGGAGGCCAAGGAGAAGCUGCAGGACGCGAUCGAGAAGUAUCUGCGGGAGAAGAUCAUUCUGGCAGCUGAAGCUAUUUCUAAAUCCGCCUUUGAGAAGAUCAAUGACAACGACGUGAUCCUGGUGUACGGCUGCUCCUCGCUGGUGAACCGCACGCUGUGCAACGCCCACGCCGAGAAGGGCCGCGCCUUCCGCGUGAUCGUGGUGGACAGCCGGCCGCGGCUGGAAGGCCGGGACACGCUGCGGCGGCUGGUGCGCAAGGGCAUUCGCUGCACCUACGUGAUGAUCAACGCCAUCUCCUACGUGCUGCCCGAGGUGACCAAAGUGCUGCUGGGUGCUCACGCGCUCCUGGCCAACGGCUCCGUUAUGUCCCGCGUGGGGACGUCCCAGAUAGCGCUGGUCUCCAAGGCUUACAACGUGCCCGUGCUGGUGUGCUGCGAGACCUACAAGUUCUGCGAGCGGGUGCAGACCGACUCCUUCGUCUCCAACGAGCUGGACGACCCCGACGACCUGGUGGUGCUGCGGCAGGGGCAGGCCCAGCUCAGCGGCUGGGCCGAGAACAAGUCCCUGCGCCUCCUCAACCUGGUCUACGACGUGACGCCGCCCGACCUGGUGGAUAUGGUCAUCACGGACUUGGGCAUGAUCCCCUGCACCUCGGUGCCCGUCGUCCUGCGCGUCAAGAACGUGGAGCAGUAGCGCGGGCCGCUGCGCGGACCCUGAAUAAACCCCGUGCCCGUGA